AUGGAGCCCAGGGCCUCAAGUGGUAGUCUAUCGGAGCCCAGGGCCUCAGGUGGUGGUUCAGCGGAGCUCAAAGCCUCAGGUGGUGGUCUGGUGGAUCUUAUGGCCUCUAGUGGUGGUCCGAUGGAGCUCAGGGUCUCAGGUGGUUAUCCAGCGGAAAUCAAGGCCUCAUGUGGUGGUUUGGCUGAGCGCAGGGCCUUAGGUAGUGGUUUGGUUGAGCCUAGGGCCUCAGGUGGUGGUCCAGCGGAGCUCAAAAGCCUCAGGUGGCGGUCCAACGAAGCCCAGGGCCUCAGCAUUUUGAUUUUGGAUUUUCUUCUUGGCGAGAAAGGAAAAAAGAUCUGCAUCCUUCUUGAGGAAGAUUCUAACGGUUUGGCUCUUUCCACUUUGGCGGCCAUCGACGUCGCGCAGUCUUCCGCUGUCGGUUGCAACUCGAAAAUGCUUCAAGCUGAUACUGCUUGGUUUUCCUCCUGCCAAUGUGUUGUUUGGAGAGGAAACGUGGUCGGGAAUCGUGCGAUGAAGAUGCGGGCGGAGACGAUAUCGAUUGUGGAUUUUGGAGGAUUGGAGACGGGCGGACGCUGAUAACGAAGGCGUUCGAAUAGGAUGGCGAUCUAUAGGAUCGAGCACUUGAAUCGUCCGGCGGUACGCUUCCUUCUUUUACGUUCCCUGCCCGGAGUCUGGGCUCACUGGAGCGAUCUCACCAGCUACAUGACCUUUUCUCGCCAAGGCGCGGUCAUCAGGGCCACAACAGAGAGCUGGCCUUUGAUUGAUCCUUUGCCAUCUUAUGGGAGAGGCCGCGAGAAACCGGGUGGGAGAUAUAUGAGUCUGAUUCAUGGCGACGGGCUUAAUGAUGUUAUUAUAACAGGGGACAAUGGGACAAUAGAUGGACAAGGUGUUGUAUGGUGGAAUAUGUGGAGACAAAGAACACUGCCCUUCACAAGACCUCAUCUAUUAGAAUUAAUGCAUACUACGGAGAUCAUUAUCUCUAAUGUGGUCUUUCAGGAUUCACCAUUUUGGAACAUUCACCCUGUUUACUGCAGCAAUGUGGUAAUAAAUAAUGUAACCAUAUUGGCUCCACGUGACUCUCCUAACACUGAUGGUAUUGAUCCCGAUUCCAGCUCCAAUGUGUGCAUUGAAGACAACUACAUCUCAACAGGAGAUGAUCUCGUAUCAGUAAAGAGCGGAUGGGACGAAUAUGGAAUUGCCUAUGGCCGGCCUAGCUCCGGCAUCACCAUUCGACGGCUCACAGGCUCUUCACCAUUUGCCGGAGUCGCCGUGGGAAGCGAAACAUCCGGCGGCAUCGAGGACGUCAUUGUCGAGCACGUAAACCUCAGCAACACCGGCUUUGGAAUCCACAUAAAGACUAACGAGGGAAGAGGAGGCUACAUCAGAAACAUAACAGUUACAGAUGUUAACAUGAACGUCGUCCGGAUCGGAAUUAAAAUUGCAGGCAAUGUAGGAGACCAUCCUGAUCAGAAAUUCGAUCCAAAGGCUGUUCCAGUGGUUGAUGGAUUGACAGUGAAGGACGUUUGGGGAAACAAUGUGCAGCUUCCAGGCUUAAUUCAGGGCCUCAAGAACUCGCCAUUUACUCGGAUUUGUCUCUCCAAUAUCAAAUUUGAAGUUGUUCGGGUGCAAGAAGUGCCAUGGAAGUGUGCGGAUGUAACUGGUUCUGCUUCGGAAGUGGAGCCUUCACCGUGUACUGAGCUUGCUACUCCUUAUGGGCCUAACUUAUGUGCAAAUGCUAUAUGAUGUAAGGUUCCUUAUGUUGAUGAAAUUGCUACGUUAGAGCUGAGGAAGAGGAGUCGUUGUUGGGAAUUGUAGUGAGAAGUUUCCAACGUCCAUUUAUUUCGUUUCCUGUGUUGAGAGCCUGCGACUUACUAAUUGUAACUUCUGCUUUCAAUUUUAAAGCUUCAUUUCUUGGAAAAACUCGAACAGUCUUUUUUAUA